GGCUAUUGUCACAUGGGCGGUGCAUUAGAUCGUUUAGGCAACUGUCAUUUUCCAAGUUCGGUACGCGGAGAUAACUCUCUCGGUUUUUUUUUAAAUGUAAAACAACAGGACAAUUUCUAUAUCUAGAUAUUAAGAAUAUCUGUGAUAAAUCUACUCAGAAUGGCUCACAGUUCUCAAACUUAUGGGUCCACAGACCAGCGGACAGAUGUACCUGAUGUAGGAUUUAGUCCUACUGAACUUUAUAAUCUCAGUGAAAAUAUAACCACUAAUAUAUAUACUAUUAAUACAAACUGGAGAACGCUUGAACGUGCAUAUAAGAACAUUGGGACAAAUAAAGAUAGUGCAGGACUCAGGGAUAAAGUACACGAAACACAAGACAGCACAAAUCAAGUUGUAACUCAAACAAGCAAAGAUAUUGCAAGACUUACUGUAUUGAUGAGGCGAGGAGACAAACAACAGAAAUUGCAAAUUGAAAAGUUAACAACCGAUUUUAAAGAUGCAUUACAACGAUAUUCUACUAUGCAAAGGUCAAUUGCUGAAAAAGUGAAGAGACAUAUUUUGACUACAAGUAAUUUAGAAAAUGCUUCUGAAGGAGAUGAUGAAGGAGAAAGACAAAGUUUGCUUCAAAUUCAAGAUGACGAGCGCAGAGCAACACAAAGAACACUUGAGUUUCAACAAGGUUUACUGCUCGAGAGAGAAGACAGGAUAAAGAACAUUGAGGAAAAAAUAUUGGAUGUAAAUCAAAUUAUGCGGGAACUAGCAGCAUUGACAUAUCAACAAGGAGAGACUAUCAACACUGUUGAUAACCAUAUAGAGAAUGUAUAUGGUAAUGUUGAAUUGGGAGCACAAGAAUUAGUUAAGGGAAGUAAUUACCAAAGCAAGUUUCGUCGAAAAGUUUAUCUUUUGUUGUUACUUGCAAUAAUAGUCGUCAUUGUAUUAAUUAUUAUUCUAGUCACUAAAUUAAGUUAGCGCUUCUAACUAAUAUAGGUGACAAGAGUGUAUCAAAAAGGGCUGUCUCAAUCUAUUAUAUACAAUUUUUAGAAAUGCUGCUAUAUUAAAGUUGCUAUUAUAAUUUUGGUAUUUUAUAUACUUGAAUUUGAACUGGAAAGAGAAUAGAGACUUGUUUUGUAUAUGCUCGUAAAGGAAUUAAUGUAUAUUUUGAAUAUAUGAGAGAAACUUUGUUUAUUCUUGAAUUCAUAAAAUAUUUGUUAAUACUACACAUAAAGGCACAUAAAUUCUAUUAUACCGUUGUGCUCUCAAUGUAUCUUUAUUUUCAAUUAUAUUAAGAGUAAUAUAGUUCAUUAUUAAAAUUAAAAUUGCUACCCCAGCAGUAUAAAUAGUUAGAGAGCACUUAUACAAUUUUAUCCAGAAGCUUCUAAAAAUUGACACAAUAACUUCGAAAAACAUAUUGUAUUUUAAAGCCUAUAUAAUAAUCGUGUAUGUCAUUUUUAUAGUACACAUUCGUUCGUGCUUUGCCUGGUCUUUAUUUUAUUAUCUUUAUAUUUUUUACUAAUCUUGAAUAUAAAGAUAAGCGUUGUGUGGCAUUUCUGCUGCUGAAAGUAUUCAAUAUGCAUAAAGUUUAUAAAAAAAUGUUAGCAUUGUUUUGUGACUUCAGAUUUUAUAACAAUUUGUAUCCUUUGUUAAGGCAAUGGAUUAAAAUUUGCUGAUAUUGCUCUGAACUAAUAUAUUUUAUUAUUUUCCUAAUUAAAUAACUAUUACUUUAUUCUUUAAAGAAUUUUAUACGGCUUUUUUCUUUUCUACUCAAUAUACCGUAUAAAAAAUGACAAAGAGAGCAAAUAUAUUAAACAAAUCUUGUUCUAAUCUAUUAAAUCGUUUUACCAUAUAUUUUUGCAAAUCUGCUGAAGCCUAGAGAUAUUUUUAGUAGAAGUUUUUAUAAUCGUCACUUUAGCUAUUGCAAAGUUGUAUAUAAUGCAAUUUUAAGAAAGAAAUACAUUGAGUAUUCAUUGGACAGAUAUUAAAAUGUAUUAGUAGUCUCGUUAAUACAUUCUCAUGAAAAGUAUAUCAUAUUCGCAAUGUUAAUAUAUAAAAGGAAGAAUAAUGAGCUUAUUUAAUAGAUUAAAGGUGAAGAAUUACACAUUGUUUAUCUAUCAUUGAAAGUUAUAUGCUAAAACAUAUUAAUCUUUUAUUUAAUUUUUGUGCCAUUAUGUCGGACACAAUAAUGUGAUUGAUCGUUCUUAUUUAUAUCAAAGUCAGUUAUUCAUUACUCGUUAUCUAUCAAGUACUAAAAAUAUAUUUUUAUUUUACUAAAAAGAUAUUUUUCAGAAUUUAAUAAUGCAUAUUCAAUAGAUUAACUUAUAUAUAUGUAUGUGUAUGUGUAUAUAUAUAUAUAAAUAUAUACAUGUAUAUAUAUGUAUAUAUAUGCAUAUAUAUUAUGAUUAUAUUUUAGUAUAUAAUACAUUAUAUAUAUAUAUACAUAUAUAUGUAUAUGUAAAUUAUUCAACAUGACAUAUUUAUUAUUAAUGAAGAGCCAUGAUAGUUAAUGCCAUUUAUUUGAAUACUUACUUCACUCUGUGCAUGAUUAUAAAAUUGUAUAGUAUAAAAUCUAUACUAAUUACUUAAUAAUCAUUGAUUUAGAGAUGUUUACAUUAAUUAUUUAACAUUUGUCUCAAUAUAUGUAUUAUUUAUGUUUAUUUAUAUACUCAGUUUUUAUCUACGAUUUCCUCGAGUUGUUACGUUGUUCUGUUAGCACUUGUUACUUGAGGCUUCUUUCAAUUAGAUAACUUUAUGUUUGCUGGUUUUGUACAGUGCUUAAGAUAUAUCAAACACAAACACACACGUAUGCACGCACGCGCACACACACGUAUAUUCAGACUUAUGUUAACUCAAGAAAAUCGUAACUCAUUAUUUUUUUUUCCUUUUUUUUUUUUUUUUUUUUUUUAAAUUCAAUUUCGAGUUAUACAUUGAGAGAAAGAGAAUACAAGAAGAUUUUGAAUUUAUUGAAUGUUAUGUAUUUAUCAUAUAUAAGGCUAUAGAAUCAAUUAUGGUUGAUUGAGAUAGUCCCUUUUUGAAAAUCAACUUGAUUCAUAUAUAAUUAUAUUAUAGGCAUUCCACAAUCCAAAAAUCCAGCAAUUACAUUAUCAUUAGGAUUAUAAUCUACAUAUUGUACAUAUAGAUAUUCAUUGACAUUCUAAAUAAAUAGCACUUUAACAAUGAUAA